AUGUAUGAUCAGCUUUUUGUCGAUCAAAAGCUUCAAACACAAAAGAAGGAAGUAAACACAGAACAACAACAAACAAAACGUAUAAAAAUGGUCACCACACCUCUUCAGGCUAUUCUCAAAGAUGAUAACGAAAGUGUAUUAAAUACAUUAAGAAAAGGACGGAGAAUUGCAUCUGAUGUCUUAUUAGACAUCUCUAUCAUCAUAGAGCUCAUAGUGAAAGAUUAUUUACAGAGCCAUUUCUUUGGUAAAAGAUCAAGAACCCCUUCAAGCGAAGAAAGCAGACAUCAGUGCAGCAGUGAAUAUUCUGAAAACUGGAUUAUACAAGAUGAUUACAAACGACGACCACCCUUCGUUCUCAAGAAAAAUGAAGAAAAAACCUGCUAUAAACAAAUUACUUCAUAUCUCGACACAGUUUGGAAAGCUGAUGUCAGCAAAUUAGGCUUAUAUAUCAAAGCAGACCUUGAGAACGUCACCGAUCUUGCGCCUUUUGAAGAUAAAGAAUGGUACUUCAAAAUUGAAUGUACAAGUUGCCAUGAGGUUGACAACAGCUGGAUUUCGUUCAAUCGACAAGAUACUUAUGACAUGAGUGGCUCUCGAGGUUCUGCUAAUUUGGUCAUGCGCUGCAAAUUUUGCAAGCGUGAAGGCACUGCACAAUUCGAGCCUUCUUUCAAAAUAAAGAAUUACAGCAUUGAAGAAAACGGAAAGUUCCAGCAAAUUGCUCAGUUUGAUUGUCGUGGAUUGGAACUUGUUGAUUUUCAAGCAAAAGAUUCAUGGUCUGCAAAGGGUGCAGAGACCGAGACAACCUUUGACGACAUUGACCUUUCUGAAGGAGAAUGGGCUGAUUAUGAUGAGAAGGCAGGAGAGCCUGUAGGUAUCAGCAAUAUUGAAGUUGAAUUCAGAAAAGAGAAAUAAAUAUAAUCUACUAGGAGUAAAUGUCUAAACUCCAGAAGGAGAACCGUGUUCGAUACGGU